AUGAAGUGCCACGUGAGAUUAAACACCGAAACCACCGUCACCGUCGACCUGCUGGCACUGGCCACCGUCGGCGACUUGAAGGGCCUCAUCUCCGACACCGUCGACACAUUGCCCCCCCAGUUUAAGUUGAUCCACAACGGCAAGAAGUUGGACGACGACGACGCCGUCCCCCACGACGAAGAAGGCGAAGUCACUUUAAUCUUGAUGGGUGAAGAGGAGAAGAAGCGCAAAAAGAAGGGCAAGUGCCACUACGGCACCUGUCUGCUGGCGGCGUUGCGGAUGAUCGGCGACUGCCUGCACUGCCACGGCAAGUUCUGCGCCAAGCACCGCUUGUUGGAGGACCACUUGUGUGUCGGGUUGCAACACUGCAAGCAGCUGGCCCACGAGCAGAACGCGAUGAAGUUGCACCGGGAGCUGACGAUGGCGGCGCCGAGAGUUUAA